AUGAGCAAGCGCGGCAACGAAGGGGACACCACGGACACCCCUUCGGUGGUACGCAAGCGUGCUCGUGCAUACACCCCGCCACGGGCGCCGACAUUGGACGUCUGGCUCAAGCCCGACGCGCCUCCGCCGCUGCUCGCGGCCUCACCCCACCUCAACGACCAAGACUCGACAUUCAUCAGCUUCACGCUCUCGUUCGAGCCGCCAAGCCACGUUCGCAGCGUCUCGGCGCUCACGAAGGAGGUGAAGCGCAUUGUGCGGGAGCUGGACGUCGUGCGCCUGGUCGGCGAGGAGCUGUUGACGCGCAACGAGGGCGCGUUCCAGGCUGGUGAGGGGCGCGCUCCGGGCCGAGGGAAGGGUAAGGAGCGCGCACGCGAGCCCGACUGCCGUAUGUGGGCUGCGCGCGUUGUCGGCCUGAACGAGGGGAAGAAUGGGACUGGCGGGGAAGGCGACUACCAGCUUCUCGAGGCAUUUGAUGACGACGGUGAAAAGUUUGGGGGUGAGCGCCUCCUGCGUGUGCUCAAGGAGAAGAGCGCGGUCGACGUGAUUACCAUCUGCGUCCGAUGGUUUGGCGGCACAAUGCUUGGCCCCGCGCGCUUCCAGCACAUUGGUGUGACGGCGCAAGACUCGCUCAAGGAGCUGCAGACGCUCGUGACUCGCCGCGACCUGCGGGCGGAUAUUGAGAGGCUCGACGACGAAAUUGCCGCAAUGCGAGCCACGCUGGCCCCACCCGGCUCGCCUUUGCAGAGCGUGGACGGGGCCGUGUCGUCGCAGAAGAGCGCCGACGGCGGAGAAAAGGGCAAGUAUAAUCAGAUAGACGACAUCGUGCGGCUGCAACGCCUCCGACAGGCACGUGAGAAGACCAAAGCCAACCUCGAGAGCCGCGUCGGCUGGGUCGGGCUGGACCAGUCGCGCGCAGAGGACGCUGCAGCCGCCGCGGCGCGUGCUGCACCGGCCGCCGGCGGGGCAUAG